ACCAUUAUUAUUACUAUUAUUAGUAGUAGUUGGUACCCCACAACCACACAAAGAGCGAUAAUAUAUGAUAUUAAUAUUAAUGAUGAUAUGAGGAAAGAUAGAUUACAAUUACAUUACACCAAUUAAUUUUAAUUUGGUGACCGCAGAUACAAAUUGUAUGAUUGUAAUAAUUCUAUUAUAUUUUAAAAAAAAAGGGUUAAUUCUUAAUGUAUAUAUUAAUAUAUAUUAUGAAUGGAUUAUGGAGCCCAUGUUCUUCUCUACUGUGGUUACAGUGAGUGUGUACUGAGUGGAAUGAAGAAGAAGAAGAUGAUCACGAGUACACCCCAGAAACUUCCAUGUGAAAAGAUCUUGAAAUGACUAAAUGAAAAGAUUCAUCGGUGUUAAAUCAGUAUAUAUGCACUAUAGUACUUCCAAACAAAUAAUGCAUUAAAAAAAAGAGUAACUAUAUCUCAUGAAAUCCAAACCGACUAUCCUUGAAAUACAAUUGCGGUGUUUAAAUAAUGACCAAACAAUUGAAAGUAUAGUGUUUCUUGUUCGAUUCCAAAUACACUGGAAUCAAAUUUUAUUGUUCUUGUAUAGCUCACUCAGCUAAUUUCAUCUUAUAAGCUCACUACUAUCUUAUUCUACUCUAUCCUUAAUGCAAUUCUACUUUUCAUAUACUCAUUAUUUAAGACCGAUCGAAAACCCAAUUGACUUAAAAAAGGAAAAGAAAAAAAAAGGUUUCUGACUCAAAGCCAAUAAUCUUUCUUGGAAUCAAAAUUUCAAGAUCAGCUCAAGAGGGGUAUAGAAAAAUGACACUAAUUACUAGCUAUAUCCAUUCCAAUACACAGAGCCUAAAGAUUGGCUUUGGUGGAGUUGGAUUUUUACUUUAUUAUAUAUAUACAUAAUAAUAAUACUAUGAAAGCUAUAAGCCUAUUUAUCUUUAUUUUCUAGGGGCCCUAGAAAGCAGAGGUGAAAAAAAAAAAUUAAAAAGAGAGAAAAAAGCCUCUUCUCAAAAAGUGGCCAUUCUUUUUUUUUUUUUUCUUUAACUCCUCUCCUUUUCAUUCCCAUUCCCUUCCCUUAUAAAAACCACUCUCUCCUUCUCAUAUUUCCCAUCGAAUCUAACUCAAAGCCCCUUCACUUUACACUCAGUCACUCACUUUAGAUAAAACGAAAGAGUGAAAUGGAGAGUCGGGGCUCGUCUUUUUCCAGCUGCCGAACCUACUUUCGGGCUUUGACCCAAACCCCUGCCCGUUUAGCCCGCCGGGCUGGCUCGGUCUCCACCUCUUACGAAGAAAUGAGCCAGGUCAGAGCACGGUCUGGUUCUAACAUGAUCAAAAGCCUCAGGUGGUUCGACCUCGUCGGUUUUGGAAUCGGCGGCAUGGUCGGCGCCGGUGUUUUUGUCACCACUGGUCGAGCCAGUCGUCUCUACUGCGGUCCCGCUGUUGUUCUAUCCUACGCCAUUGCUGGAGUUUGUGCUCUGUUAUCUGCCUUUUGCUACACAGAGUUCGCCGUCGACAUGCCCGUCGCCGGCGGUGCCUUCAGCUACCUCCGCGUCACAUUCGGCGAGUUUGCGGCUUUCAUAACGGGUGCUAAUCUCGUGAUGGACUAUGUCAUGUCAAACGCUGCCGUCGCCAGAGGCUUCACGGCCUAUUUGGGUACCGCCAUCGGCGUCCCUGUCACGAAAUGGCGGAUCGUGGUUGCCUGUCUUCCCGAUGGGUUCAAUGAAAUAGAUAUCGUCGCUGUCCUCGUCGUUUUGAUGGUUACCUUCGUAAUAUGCUACAGUACGAGAGAGAGCUCGAUGUUGAAUAUGGUGUUGACGGCGCUUCAUAUUGUGUUCAUACUAUUUGUAAUAGUACUUGGGUUCUGGAAAGGUGAUUGGAAAAACUUCACUGAACCCGCCGACCCGAUUCAUCAUCCAUCUGGAUUUUCCCCAUAUGGAGUUUCAGGGGUUUUCAACGGAGCUGCCAUGGUUUACCUUAGCUACAUCGGGUACGACGCCGUUUCUACCAUGGCGGAAGAGGUUCGUAACCCGGUCAAGGACAUCCCUAUUGGAGUUUCCGGCUCCGUUAUCAUCGUCACCGUCCUUUACUGCUUAAUGGCCGCAUCUAUGUCCAAGCUUCUUCCGUACGACUUGAUCGACGCAGAGGCUCCAUUCGCGGCCGCAUUCAGUAGGCAAUCGGACGGCUGGAAAUGGGCUUCGAACGUGAUCGGAGUCGGGGCUAGUUUCGGGAUUUUGACGUCGCUGCUGGUUUCGAUGUUGGGCCAGGCCCGUUACAUGUGUGUUAUCGGACGGUCCAACGUGGUCCCGGCCUGGUUCGCUAAGAUCCACCCCAAGACAUCAACGCCCGUCAACGCUUCCGCUUUUCUCGGUAUCUUUACGGCUUUGAUUGCCCUUUUCACUGAUCUAAAUGUACUUCUCAAUCUUGUCUCAAUUGGCACUCUCUUUGUCUUUUACAUGGUGGCCAAUGCUGUGAUUUAUAGGCGUUAUGUUGCUGUGGGGACUACCAAUCCUUGGCCUACAUUGUCUUUCCUCUGCUCGUUUUCCUUAACAUCCAUUUUGUUCACCCUCAUAUGGCAAUUCGCCCCGCCGGGCAAACCCAAAGCCAUCAUGCUAGUCUUCAGUGCCUUGGUUGCCAUUGCUAUGUUGCAAAUUUUCUAUUGUAUGGUUCCACAAGCGAGAAAACCCGAGUUUUGGGGUGUCCCUUUCAUGCCAUGGAUUCCAUCCACAUCCAUUUUCUUGAACAUUUUCUUGUUGGGUUCUCUCGAUGGUCCUUCCUAUGUGAGAUUCGCCUUCUUUUCCGCCUUGGCAGUGCUUGUUUACGUGUUCUAUAGUGUUCACGCAAGCUUUGAUGCCGAGGGAGAUGGCGCUCUUAGUGUGAAGAACGUAGAAAUUCACUUGGAAACAACAGAGGAUAAAAGCCAAGAUAAUAGUGUUAAAGUGUAGAAAUUACUUGUCAAUUUAUUUUGUUGACAUUUUAAGUCAAAACUUUUUUCUUUUUAGUAGGCUUUCAAUGGGUACUGAGGAAGAAAAAAGAAGAUAGAAAUAGAAAUAGAAAUACUCUGCAGUUUUGCAGGAGUAGCACCAAAUUGUAUAGUUGGGUUACUUGAAAGGGUUUGGCCUUUAGGUGUGAUUCCAUUAAUGUACAUCAAAAACUGCAGUAUAAGAAAUGGACAAGAAAGAGCAGUUUUCCUUUCA